AUCCGGUAAGUGGUCCACACCAUCUCUUGCUCCAACGUCUGGUAGAUUACAAGAAAAUGGGGAUUUUCGGUGUUUUUGGACGCAAUGGCAGUAAUUGGAGAUUGAAAGCUUUAGCCAUUUGGAAUUUAAUUGCCUUCUCAUACUUUUGCACCCUAACAUCGGUUACUACAUACCUGGUUUUAUUUGAAAUGAUCCCCUUUAUCUUUGGAGAAUUCGCUACUUCAGUUAUGAAACAUGACAUUUUUACGUGUUUUAUACUCCUACAAGUUGUAGGUAACGUUGUACUUGUGAUCACAACCGAUUCAUCAAUUCACAAUCUACCUCCGUUAUGGAACAAACCAGAAAUAAGGAAUAUAUCUUCACGAAAAAGAAAAACUACUGACGAACAAAAGAAAAACUUAGUCAAAAUUUCAAAUCAGUCUGUGACCAGACGAAAAGAUGCAGAUAAGAAUGUGAACAGCAGCAGUGCAGGUACACCAGAAAUGGAUGCCAAAAGUCCUUUGCACAGUGAAACGGAAGAAAUAAAUACAACAGUGUGUGAUUCCUGCAAUGCUUUAGCUCCAAAAAGAAGUCAUCACUGUUUGUUGUGCAAUGAAUGCAUCCUGAAACGUGACCAUCAUUGUUUCUUCAUGUGCACUUGUAUUGGCUUCUACAAUCAAAAAUAUUUUAUACUAUGGUGUUUUUACAUGUUCAUUGGAUCAUUUUAUUCCUUAGUCAUCAUCGCCAUGUAUUUAAAGAAAUAUUUUAAUAUCAGCUUUGGAAUGUUUAGUCUGUUAACUCUCUUGCCAAAUACUCUCUAUGGGUGGUGGUUUGAAAGUUCUGUAAUUCCAUACCAAUUGUUAAUAGUAGGAGUGUUUUAUGCAUGCUUGACUUGUGGGCUGGCAGCAGCAGGUUUCUUUUACUGGCAGCUUUACAUUGUAUUACAAGGACAGACUACAUAUGAAGCUUGGAAAGGAAUACUAACAUAUAGCAACAGUGAAAUGCUUUGCAAUUUUAAGGAUGUUUUUGGGCCUUUUUGGUAUAUUUCCAUAUUUUUGCCACUCCCCUUGCCACAAAAAGGAUUAGGAGUAUAUUAAAUUUACUACUCAGCAGCAUCUACAUUAUUUAAGUUUCAUGUUAUGGCAAAUUAACUUUUGUUAAUAUCUGUAGUUAUCUGACAGCUGUCCUAUUGCCAAAAGGAUUAGAAAUAUACUUCUUUGGGCUAUGUUAAUGAGAUUUAAUCUUGUAAUAUUUUGACCUUUUAUCAGAGACAUCUAAUAUCAUUCUGCUUGCCACCAAAAUGAUUUGGAAUAUGCUAACUUUGUUUUUGUGCAAUGUUUUGGAGAUUUUACAGUAUUAUAGUUUUGUUUAUUAACAUCUAUAAAGCAUGUGCCAUUUUGAUACUCUACCAGGGGCUCUUCUAGUUGUUACCAUACACAUCCAAUUUUAUAACAGAAGAGCCUUGGUAGAAGUACCAUGUUGGUGCCUCUGUACUUAAAACACUUUACUGCCAGUCAAAGGGAUUAGAAAUAUUUAUGUUUUAAGGCUGUAUUAACGAGAUAAAACUUAAUAUUUGAUUUUUUGCAAAAGACUGUCCAAGAUAGAUGAUCCAUACAGCCCUAUAGUUAUGCUACCACAUGCAUUUAAAACAUUCAUAUUUAUGUAUUUUUGCCACUCUUUCUAAGGUUAAAAAAAAAAAAACUGAAGUGAGCUAUUUAUAGCUGUUCCAUAGUAACUGAACUUUUGCCGACUAGAUGCAUCCAAUACAUCACUCGUGAGAUUCAUUGAUAAGGAUUCUGUGCUGUUUGUAGUGUGUCUUCUAAUUCUGGAGCAAAGAUGACUUACUAGUAUUGAUUAAUAUGGUAUAGUUACUUGUUUAUAAGAUCAAAAUGUUUUAAAAGGGGGGUAAAUAUUUAAAGGAUAUUUUGUAUUUUUCACAACCCUGCCUAAGUGCUAAAAGAAUCUCAUAUUGCAAAAGUAUAAUGGGGAUCAUCCACGAAAAGCCUAGUAAGUGUCUGACAUCAGUGCAUAGCAUCAUGCUAGAUUAGUUUUAAGUACGGGAAUCCUUGUGAAGUAGGAUAAACUUAGUAGAUGAGGAUGAAACUCUACGCAUCAGGAAGGUAAUUUCAAGACUGUAACAAAAGUGAUGCACAAAACGUGUUGUGCAGUUGACUCCAUUUCAGAAGAAAAUAACCAUAAAAUAUGUACACAGGUGAAUUCUGUCAGCUUUUAUUUGUUGUACAAUGUGCUUAGUUGUACAUUAUUUGUAACCCCUCUUUCCUCCAAAUCCUGUGAAAUCUUUAUUGAUUUUACAUUUUUGUGCAAUUAUGUUCAUUAUUAUGACAAACUGCAAAAAUCAUUAUUUCUUCUGGCAAAAGACAGCAUUUUGAUUUGGUGAAUAUGUUACCAGCACUUAUAAUAAAGUUUGUUGGUAUUUACUGAGAAAUUACAUUAUGUUCCCUUUUUUCAUAAAAUUAAUGCAGUAAUAAUUUGAUGUCAGUGCUGUUGCUGCUUUUCAUAUUGAAGAUAUAUGGCAAUGCUAACACAUGCAUUUAAAACUUUCAAGAACAGUUGAACUUAUCUUUGACAAAUUAAAGAGCGAUGAAUGAAUUAAAAUAGCUUAUUUUUGUUUAUUUGACAUAAAAUUUUUAACAAACUGUCUUUAUCAAAGUAUACAAAUCACUUUGAGUACCUGUGUUGGAACCGUUCAAAAUAGACCUGUGAGAUGACUUGAACUAUAUCAUGCUGUGGCUCAAAGAUUUAUUUAACAUGUGUAUAUUUUAAUGUAUCCCAUUUAACUUUAAAGGGUGAUAUGGCCAUUUUCUAAUUCAAGUUAUGUCCUUGAGUAUCA